AUUAAAGCCAUGACAUUUCAUUACUCAAAACGAAUUUUCGUAAUCGCACUUAUUGUGGCCGCAAUCAUUCUUGUAAUCUCACUUUGUUUUUGGAUUAUUUUCCCAUUGGUAUUCCCUGUUCUCGUUCAACAAAAUUUAGUCCUAUCCGUAAAUGACGACGGAAUACCGUCCACAGCAACGUUUUUCUGGUCGAAACCACCAGUGGAAGCAAUUAUGAAUUUCUACUUCUUUAAUAUCACGAAUCCAGAUGAGGUUAUAUAUGAAGGCGCAAAACCUAUAUUACUAGAAUUAGGACCAUUUGCGAUAAGAUAUUCAGAGCAGAAACAAGAGUACAGAUUCUUAGAGGAUGGUCAAAAAGUUUAUUAUAAAAAUUACAAACGUUAUACAUUUGCUAAGGAAUUGUCAUGUGAUUACUGUGAUGAAAAUACAUCAUUAACAAUACCGAACGUUGUUGCUGUUGGUGCAUUGACCAGCAUGAUGAAUCCAAAAUACGGUUGCGGGAGUGCAUGUCGAACUUUAAUUAAUAUUGGUAUGUUAUUGUUCGGUGAAAAUCCGUUUAGAACUGUGAAAUUUAUUGAUGUGAUAUUCAACGGUUAUUAUGAUCCAUUUUUAUCGUUUGCACAUUCGGAAUUUUACGUGACUCUAUGUGAUGUUUUCAAUAAUGGUGAGCCGUUGAUUCCAUUUCCCAUUCCAUCGAUGCAAAAGAUGGCUUAUUUCUAUGGAUAUAACGAUACGAAUGAUGAGGAUUAUGUUAUUGAAACUGGCAAAAGUAGUGUCAAUGAAAUCGGUGAUAUUGCUGAAUGGGCCGGAGCAAGAAGCCUUCCAUUCAGUUGGUGGAAAACACUGAACGCAAGAAUGAUCAACGGUUCAGAUUCUGCGAGUCUCACACAUCCUCAAUUAACCAAAAAUGAUGUACUACCGUUUUUUUUGUCAUUGAUGUGUCGUUCAUUUUAUGCUGUUUAUGAUGGUGAAACAGAAGUGGAAGGUAUACCUUCGUACCGUUUCAUAACACCGUAUGAAGCAUUCGACACUACCUCAAAUGAGAACAGUGGAUUUCGUUAUGAGAAUGCCGAACAAGUCGACUAUUUCAAGGAAUGGAGUCCAUGCCCUAACAGGUAUCCUUCAUUAUUUCGCAUCUCGACAAACUAUUGCAGUAAAAUAACAUGGACAAACUGCUCAAAAGUAACCUUCGUGGAUUGCUCAAGACGUGAAAAUUUUUGCAAUGUUUGUUGCGAGGGAAAAUUUGUGGAUGGUACUUAUUUACUGCCACCCGGAAUGUUUCCACUAACAUGUUUUCCAGGCAAAAAUGAGCUCUUACCUUUUUCGGCUAUUUUUUCACCGCCACAUUGGGUUUUUUCACCAUCCGAAGUGCAACAAUCAGUUCGAGGUUUAUCACCGGACCGCAGUCGCCAUUUACCAUUCGUCUUUACGCGUGAGCCGACUUCUGGAAUGCUUACAAGUGGCCAUGUACGACUGAUGGCUUCAUUACCGUUGUUCAACAAUAACAAAGCAACGAUGGCAAUGAAUGUCAACAACAUGUUAAUACCAGCAUUCUGGAUAGACACUGAAGCUAAGUUGAAUGAAGCGAUAUAUGCAACGAUUCGUCGAAUGUUUAUCAAAUUGCCUUGGGUUAUUCGCAUAGUACAGAUUGUUACGCUGGUUGUAGCCAUAUUAAUUGCUUUAGCUGCAAUCGCAUGGCGGAUCGCAUUUGCGUUUUACAAACGUCGUCAUCAAUAG